AUUACGUUAGCAGCAAGGUCGAGCAUAGGCACUGCUGCUUGACAUUAUGGAUAAUGUUACUACACUCAUGGAGUUCAACCGCAUGUCAACAGCGUGGUUUAGUUGAAUUGAGAAUGAGGAGAUUUCAAGAAGUUAGUUACGUCUUUAUGCCCUGUUUCAAAAUGUCUUCAGUCAGAUUGUAGCCUUAAUUAACCUUACAGAGAGCUCGGGUUUUAAAGACGACUAGCUGACAGCAGCUAGCUGAGGCAGUUACCUAUAAACAUGAGCUCUGCUCCGAAUCACGGAACAGUUUCAGAGACAGGGCUGUCCAGCACACCCCCCCCUGCUCUCUCUUUAGGAGGACAUGUUCAGCAGGUCUUCAGCCAUGUGAAGAUAGGAAACCUGGUCGCAGGACUCAGUGGAGGAGUUGUGUCAACACUGGUGCUGCACCCUCUGGAUCUGGUCAAAAUCAGAUUUGCAGUGAGUGAUGGAUUAAUGUUAAGACCUAAGUACAGUGGCAUAAUGCACUGUAUGAAGAGUGUUUGGCAGCAGGAGGGACUAAGAGGACUCUACCAAGGAGUGACACCUAAUGUGUGGGGGGCUGGAGCAUCAUGGGGUCUCUACUUCUUGUUCUACAAUGCAAUAAAAGGCUACAUAAAGGAGGGUCGUCAAACAGAAUUAAGCGCCACAGAGCACCUGGUGUCCGCAGCCCAAGCAGGCAUCAUAACACUUACCAUAACAAACCCAAUCUGGGUGACCAAGACUCGGCUGGUGCUGCAGUACAAUGCUGACCCAUCCGGUAAACAGUACAAAGGAAUGCUAGAUGCUCUGGUCAAGAUCUACCGCCAUGAGGGGGUGCCUGGACUAUACAAGGGCUAUGUUCCUGGUCUGUUUGGCACCUCCCAUGGAGCAUUGCAGUUCAUGGCCUACGAAGAGCUUAAGAGAGACUAUAACAAAUACAGGAAAGUGCCUUCAGAUGCAAAGCUGAAUGCUUUGGAAUAUAUCACAAUGGCAGCAUUAUCCAAAAUAUUUGCUGUGGCCACAACGUACCCAUAUCAGGUGGUGCGAGCUCGCCUGCAAGACCAGCACAAUAGAUACAAUGGAGUUAUGGAUGUAAUCGGACGGACAUGGCGGAAUGAAGGCGCCAUUGGUUUCUAUAAAGGCAUCAUCCCAAACUUGAUUCGUGUCACACCCGCUUGCUGCAUCACAUUUGUAGUUUAUGAAAAUGUGUCUCGUCUCCUUCUGGAACAAAAGAAAUGAAGCCUAAAAGUAUGGCACGGGCCCCUGCUGCAAACACUCUGAGCUCACACUGACAGCCUCAGCAUCACAAUGAAGCUGAAUUCUCAGUACAUGUGCAUGUGCUGGUGUGGGAAGCUUACUUUCGCACUGAAAAUGAGAACGUUGACAGACUGAGCAACACAAUCAACUAUGGAAUUAUUUUUGUGAACACAAACUAUUUAAGUGAAAUGGAAUGGUGACUGAGAGGAGAUUUGUCCCUGAUUCAGAGGCUUGAGAAACACUUGUGACUUCUGGGAGAAAGAAUGUUUUAAUGGAUGCCAAAGGACAUGCUGCCGUGAUGUCAGUCUUAUUAUUUUUUUGUGAAGCAUCGAUCAGCAUUUUUAUGGUCAGUCAGUGGAGGUCAUAAUUGUUUACAUUAAAUGUUUUCUAGCAGCAGAAAGGGAGACAUGCUGAAAACUGAAAAACAGAUUAUCAACAGCCUUUAGAUAUCUUCUCAGGUUUCCAGUUGCAUGUAUUCAUUAUAUUUGAUUUUCCUUUAAAUUAAUGCAUUCUUUUUGUAAACAGGCAACAGCAAUGAAGACCUUUUUUAAAGUCAAACACGCCAGUACGUUUUUCUCAAGUUAUACUUUAGUUAAGAUUUUCAAUAUUUCCACUGUGAGUGCAUUGCUUAACAAAGAUUUAUUUUAAAGUUCA